AUGGCGGCGAUGGCGCCUGGAGGUGGCGGCGGCGGCGGCGGCGUGAAUCCAUUCCUUAGCGAUACCGACGAGGAUGACGACGAGGUAGCGGCGACCCAGGAGCGGCGCUCAGGACUUCGGCUGGGCUCCGGGGGUGGCCUGGAUCCUGGCUCGGUGGGCUCGCUGUCGCCGCAGGACCCCGUGGCUUUGGGGAACAGCGCACGGCCCGGGCUCCCUGGGGAGGUGGCGGCGGCGGCGCUGGGGGGCCUUGGGGAUACCCCGGCCCGACUGUCCAUCGAUGCGAUCGCAGCUCAGCUGCUGCGCGAUCAGUACUUGUUGACGGCCCUGGAGCUGCACACGGAGCUGCUGGAGAGCGGCCGCGAGCUGCCUCGGCUGCGAGACUACUUCUCCAACCCCGGCAACUUCGAGCGGCAGAGCGGGACCCCGCCGGGGGUGGGCGCGCCCGCCUUCCCGGGAGCGGCGGGCGGCGCCGGAGGUCGGGAGCCGAGCACCGCGUCGGGCGGGGGACAGCUCAAUCGAGCUGGGAGCAUCAGUACCCUUGAUUCCUUAGACUUUGCAAGAUAUUCAGAUGAUGGUAACAGGGAAACUGAUGAGAGAGUUGCAGUCCUGGAAUUUGAACUACGGAAAGCCAAGGAGACCAUUCAGGCCCUCCGAGCAAACCUAACAAAGGCUGCAGAAAAUGAAGUUCCUUUACAGGAACGAAAAAAUUAUAAAUCAAGUCCUGAAAUUCAGGAGCCAAUCAAACCUCUUGAAAAGAGAGCUCUAAACUUCCUAGUCAACGAAUUUUUAUUGAAGAAUAACUACAAGCUCACAUCCAUAACCUUUUCAGAUGAAAAUGAUGAUCAGGACUUUGAAUUAUGGGAUGAUGUAGGCCUGAACAUCCCCAAACCUCCAGACUUACUGCAGCUCUACCGGGACUUUGGAAAUCAUCAAGUGGCUGGGAAAGAUGUUGUGGAUGUGGCCAGUGGGGUAGAAGAAGAGGAACUAGAGGCUCUCACACCAGUUUUAAGCAGUCUGCCUCCAACUUUUGAAACUCCUCAGCCUGGAGAGAACUCCUUGCUAGUACAAAAAUUAGAAGAUAAAAUUAGUUUAUUAAAUAAUGAGAAAUGGUCCUUGAUGGAGCAAAUCAGAAGACUUGAAAGUGAAAUGGACUUCCUCAAAAAUGAACAUUUUGCCAUUCCCGUGGUUUGUGACUCUGGUCAGCCGGCUUUGGAACAGUCUUCCCAGAAAGAUUCUGAAGACAGUGGACAGAAUUCGGUUGUAAAUAGUUCAGACUGGGGAAAAAGCAAGGAUGUUCAUCUUCCCAUAUCAGAUGAUGUUGAAUCCACUGUUCCUAAAGAGAAUUCUUCAAAUGGUUUCCCCAGGAGAGAGCAAGAAACAAUGGUGUCUUCUUCUCCACCUAGUAAAAGUGCAGUUCAGUUUGAUAAACCCAAUAGGAAAUUGUCUCCUGCUUUCCACCAAGCACUACUUUCUUUUUGUCGAAUGUCAGCAGAUAGUCGUCUAGGAUCAGAGGUGUCUCGGAUUGCAGACAGUGAAAAGAGCGUCAUGCUAAUGCUGGGACGCUGCCUGCCUCACAUCGUUCCCAACGUGCUACUGGCAAAGCGAGAGGAGCUGAUCCCCCUAAUAUUAUGCACAGCAUGUCUUCACCCUGAGCCGAAAGAGAGAGACCAGCUGCUCCACAUCCUGUUCAAUUUGAUCAAGAGGCCAGAUGAUGAGCAGAGGCAAAUGAUAUUGACAGGUUGUGUGGCAUUUGCACGUCAUGUUGGACCCACACGUGUAGAAGCCGAACUUUUACCUCAGUGUUGGGAGCAGAUUAAUCACAAGUACCCAGAAAGACGACUGCUGGUGGCUGAAUCCUGUGGAGCGUUAGCCCCGUACCUUCCUAAAGAAAUUCGAAGCUCCUUGGUUCUUUCCAUGUUGCAGCAGAUGUUGAUGGAAGAUAAGGCAGAUUUGGUACGGGAAGCUGUGAUCAAAAGCCUCGGGAUCAUAAUGGGAUACAUUGAUGAUUCAGACAAAUAUCAGCAGGGUUUUGAAUUGUUGCUCUCGGCUCUGGGUGACCCCUCAGAAAGAGUAGUUAGUGCUACGCAUCAAGUGUUUCUACCUGCCUAUGCUGCCUGGACCACAGAACUUGGGAAUCUGCAGUCUCAUCUGUUGCCUACGCUGCUGAAUAAGAUGGAAAAACUUCUCAGGGAAGGAGAGCACGGGCUGGAUGAACAUAAGCUCCACAUGUACCUUUCUGCCUUGCAGUCUUUGAUCCCUUCUCUCUUUGCACUGGUGCUGCAGAAUGCUCCUUUCGCAAGCAAAGCCAAGCUGCAUGGUGAAGUACCGCAGAUAGAAGUCACUAGGUUUCCCCGGCCUAUGUCGCCUCUUCAAGAUGUAUCUACUGUCAUUGGAAGUCGUGAGCAGCUGGCAGUACUGCUGCAACUGUAUGAUUACCAGCUGGAACACGAGGGUACAACAGGCUGGGAGAGUUUACUAUGGGUUGUCAAUCAAUUGUUGCCCCAACUUAUAGAAAUAGUUGGCAAAAUUAAUGUUACUUCAACUGCUUGUGUCCAUGAAUUCUCCAGAUUUUUCUGGCGACUUUGCCGAACGUUUGGCAAAAUUUUUACAAACACUAAGGUAAAACCUCAGUUCCAGGAGAUUUUAAGACUGUCUGAAGAAAAUAUUGAUUCCUCAGCAGGAAAUGGGGUCCUCACUAAAGCUACCGUCCCUAUUUAUGCAACAGGAGUUCUUACAUGUUAUAUUCAGGAAGAAGACCGAAAACUGUUGGUUGGCUUCUUAGAAGACGUAAUGACUCUACUUUCCUUAUCUCAUGCUCCGCUUGAUAGCCUGAAGGCUUCUUUUGUGGAACUGGGUGCUAAUCCUGCCUACCAUGAGUUACUCUUAACGGUUUUGUGGUAUGGUGUUGUCCAUACAUCAGCCCUUGUGAGGUGCACUGCUGCUAGGAUGUUUGAGCUGACUCUUCGAGGCAUGAGUGAAGCGUUAGUUGACAAGCGGGUUGCUCCGGCCCUUGUUACCUUGUCCAGUGAUCCAGAAUUCUCUGUCAGGAUUGCCACAAUUCCAGCUUUUGGCACUAUUAUGGAAACAGUUAUUCAAAGAGAGUUGCUGGAAAGAGUGAAGAUGCAGCUGGCUUCUUUCCUGGAAGAUCCUCAGUACCAAGACCAGCAUUCUUUGCACACAGAGAUCAUAAAAACAUUUGGGAGAGUUGGACCUAAUGCUGAACCCAGAUUCCGAGAUGAAUUUGUUAUACCACAUCUGCAUAAGUUAGCCUUGGUGAACAACUUACAAAUCGUGGAUUCUAAAAGACUGGACAUCGCUACCCAUCUUUUCGAAGCCUACAGUGCACUUUCCUGUUGUUCAAGCCAGGGACGUUUAUUAAUAUCAAAGAAAUUAUGCAGGCAUUAUGCACUCUCAAUGUCAAUUGCUGCAAGCUUAGUGAGUGAAGAUACAAAGACCAAGUUUUUGAACAAAAUGGGCCAGCUGACCACAUCUGGCGCCAUGCUGGCCAAUGUGUUCCAGAGAAAGAAGUAG